GAUUUGCAUUUUGUAUUUGCAUUACACACACACACACACACACACACAUGAACACACAUACACGACCACACAUGAACGCGCGCACACAUGACGCGCACACAGAGGACUCUGCCCCUGUGUGGUGAACAUUUUAACCAUUGAAUUAUUCCCAGUCUCCCCGCUUCGGGCAGGAACAACGCCCACUGCCGAUGCAGGCCAGAGCAAACCGGGGUUAAAACAAGUUUACAAAACGAGUGUUUCGCUCCGCGGCCGGAGUUUUACUUUACAUCAAACUGAAACAUUAUGAAAAUAACAUCUGUAAAAAUGCAAAUCCUGCCUUUCUCUGCCACGUAAAACAAAUGAACAAAUGACCGGACGCGAUGAAAUGACUGGAAAGGUGCCGGACAGAAAUAGUUUCUCCACCUGUUGUGACGGUAUAGACCACCUCCCUGCCCAGACCCGUGGGCACCUUCCCCAGCCUUGGUUUCAGCGGCAGAUCCCACUGCCUCCUCCCUCACCUGACCCUGUGCCAAGGCGAAUUGCAGAGUAAAUAAGGAAAUAGGGAAAGUCAUCAAGUUUAGUCUCGGCAACUGACGUCGAGCUGCUCCUUGGGGAAGGUCGAUGGCUCUGCGCCAAGGAGGCGAUGGGCAACGUCCUUCGACUCUGCACAACCGCGAACAAAUCCAAAAAGAGUAAAUCAAAAAAGAACAGCACAGGUUUUAAUACCAGGGCAACAGAUGAUAAACAUGUGCAGGCACAUGAAGACUCUCAUGCCUAUGAUGAAGUAGCUCCUGACAUACCAGUUUAUGCCAUAGUGAAUAAGAAGAAGCCGGAAGAAGUCCAUUAUGCUGAAAUUCAGGUGAUCCAACAGGGAUCACGGAGAACAGUCAAACAGGUUAAAGCAAGACAGAAAGAAAAUGCAACAGAGUAUGCUACAAUUAGCUUCACUCCUGUAGUAAAAUAUGACAGAAAAAAUGGGACUCUAGUAUAAAGUCCAGAAGAAUGUACAAGAAAGUCUCUUCUGCCUUUCUUUAAAAUGGACAUUUAUUUACAAGUUGAAAUAUACAAAACUAUUUGUGACCUUGUUAAAAUAUUAUUUGCAGAUAAUGUGAAAUAGUGUAGCACUUUGUUGCUUUUUUUAAACCGUAAAAAUACAAAAAAAAAGCAGCCUCCCGAUACUCCCCUUCUCAAAGCACAACUUCUUACUGACUGGUCAAGAGAAAAAAUGGUAAUUCUAAAAAUUAUGCCUGUUCAUGUAUGACGUUUAUAUGACGUAGAACAGCUACAGAGAAGGGUUAUUGUUAGCAAUACUUGUCAUUGAUAAACUAUGGUACAAUAUAAUUUUAAUGAUUUCAUUGCAACUAUUUCCCUGUUGAACAAAGCCUGUAUUUAAAUAGAAUCAUUUAAGGUAUUUAAAGCAGUCCAAUAUCAUGACAAACUGUGUGAAAAGAUUGGUUGAAUUGUAGAAACCUUAAGAAUGGAAGUGCUGGAGCUUGGCCCUUGGUAUUAUUCGUGUUAAACCUGUAAAACAUUCUCUUUCUGUCAAAAUUGAGUUUUGUACUUAAAUCAUUUUCUGCUCUUUCAAGUAGCUUCCUAAUGGGCUCACCAUAAUUUAGCUCUUAUUAUCACAUUAGGUAAAAUGAUGUCGGAUGCAGGAACUUGGGUAAAAUCAUGCAGGGUUUAAUGUUGGACAAUGGUAAGAAACAUCACUGCAAAGGCUGAAGGAAAAUUUCCAUCUCUCAUUGUAUCUUCAGCUCAAGCAGCUCAAGCUCACCGAUCUUGUCUGAUGAUCUCCAAGUCGCACAUUGGCCUGAGACAAUGUGAAACAUAUGGAGUAGUUGCAUUCUGCUAAAAUUGAAAGAUGUUGCUUCUUUUUUGCAUGUGUUCUGUGCAAUGUCAAAUGGUAUAAACAGGUUAUCAGAUUUGCUUUCAGCUAUAUAUACAAGGACAGGAAAUCAGCCUCAGUCAUUUGCAUUAAACAGUACUGACUGUGUGUGGUACAUGGCUUCUGAAAUUUAGGUUCAUCGACCUCAAUAGAACCACAGCUGUUACUAUAUACAUGUGCAUUUAAUUUAAGCAACUAAGCGCAAAUUUCUACCGUGGUAUUUAUCACUGUGGAGGAUUGUAAACUCUGUUUAUUUACCUAGUCUCCUCCAGCAGUAUGUCUCAAAUCCAAGGCUUCCAUCACCAAGAAGGACUAGGGCAGCAGGAGCAGGGGAACACCACUGCCUACAGGUUUCCCUCCAAGUCACACACAAUGUAUCACUGGUCCUUCAUUACCAUUGAGUCUAAAUCCUGGAACUCCCCUCCAACAGCAACAUGCGAGUACCUUCACCAGAAGUCUGCAGAAGUUCAAGAAGCUAUCUCACCACCACCAUCUCAAGGGAAAUUGGAAAUGGGUUAAUAAAUGUUGGCCCAGAGUCCUGAAAAAUAAAGAUGUGGAUUGUAUGACAUUUUUGUCAAAAGGCUAAGUUAUGAUAAAAUGAUUUUAAAAAAACCUAUGGUGAAAUGAAAGCAAUAUUUUCAGUAAAGGAGUAUGUUAAUACAAUGCGGCCUCCUUGUUGUUCAUAUCCUAAGUUAUUUGAAUCCUGAAGUAAACACAUACUUUUCUUUUUCAUUCAUGUGUGAGAAGGUUGUAGUAUGAGGAUGAAUUUGCACAAUCAAUCCAUCUUGAUGAUGAAUUACCUGAAUAUUUGUACAAUGAUCUGUGUGCUUCAAUAUUUCAAUGAUUGCACAGAAAAUGUAAAUAUACAAUGUAAAAUAUCA